AUGACACAAAGCAACCACGCAGGGACCGGUUCACACAGUGGCGACAUUCCACCCAUUCCUCUUUCAUCGAAGAACAAAGAAGAUGUCAGAUUUUGUUCGAGACCAGUUCAGAGUCAAACCAUUAAGCUUAGAAUUCAUCAUAUGGGAGAGUUAGUAGAUCAUCCUGUUAAAUGGUAUGUUAAUGGAUUAGUGUCUGAGAUGGAUUGGCUGUGGGAUACAGAUUACAUGUCAUAUAUGCAGUUUGAAAAAUUGAUCAGAAAAGAGGGAUAUAGGAAUAUCAAAUGCAUGUGGUAUUGGAACCCUAAGUAUAGUUUUAGUCGUGGUCUGAGACCCCUUAACUGUGAUGGUGAUGUUCUUAUGUUGAUUGAGGACUUAAAAGGAUUUGACUUGGUGGAUAUUUAUGUUGAGCAUACAGUAGAAGUGUUAGGGGAUGAAGACAUAGUAGAUCAUUAUGAUGAGGAUGGUGGCCCAAAUUGUGCUGAGGAUGAAGUUGAUAGUGAUGUUGAAGUUGUAGGGGAUGCUGAUAUGCCUAAGAAUGUAGAUGCAAGUGACAAUGAAAUGGAUGUGAAUGAAGCUAACAGAGGAGAUGUGGAUACUGAACAUGUUGAGACUGAACAUGUUGAGACUGAACAUGUUGAUGUUGGAAUAGAAGAUGAUGAAGAAGAUGAAGACUAUGUGGCUGAUACUGAGAUAGGUAGUUUAUCUGAUGAGGACUUAGAAUGCAGUGAUGACUAUGUGGAACAAAGUGAGGAUUUGGAUUGGACAUCAGUGAUGCAAUGUGAUGAGGAUCAUGAUAAGUCUAGAAAAAGUGAUGAGGAUGAUGAUUCUGAUGUGCUGCAUACACCUGAUGGUAGUGGUAAUGAUGAGGAACAUGAAAAGUUUCCUUCUUAUAAAAGAGGUGAGUCAUCAAAGUUUGAGCUUGGUAUGGUCUUCAGUAACAAAGAAAUGGUGAAGGAUGCUGUCAAAGACUAUGGUAUGGAGAACAACAAAAAUGUUGUCAUAAAGAAGAAUGAGGCAAAGAGAAUGGUGAUUAAAUGCAUGGAAGGAUGCAAUUUUCACAUGAGAGUUAGUAAGAGGGUGGGGAAUCAGUAUUGGCAAGUGGUGAGUUUAAUAGAUGAACAUAAUUGUGCUAGGACUCCUUAUAAUAGACAAGCAAAGACUAACUGGUUGGCUAAGAAGUUUGGCCACAUUCUGAGGCACAACCCUGACAUGAAACCAGCAGGAUUGGUUGCCCAAGCUCUUGAUAGAUGGGGAGUAAAGUUAUCACAUGACCAGGCUUAUAGGGCUAAAAGGAGGGCCAUGGAUAUGUUGCAAGGGGCUGGUAUGGAACAAUUUCAACAUUUGAGGAGGUAUGCCCAAGAAUUGUUGACAUCCAACCCUAACAGUACUGUUGUGAUUAGGUGUGCAGACUCACAUGAAGGCCCUGUCUUUGAAAGAAUCUAUGUAUGUCUAGAGGCUUGCAAGUAUGGCUUUGCAAAAUUCUGCAGGCCAUUAAUAGGGUUGGAUGCUUGUUUUUUGAAAGGUGAUUUUGGAGGGCAGUUGAUGGCAGCAGUUGGUAGAGAUGGAAAUAAUAAGAUUAUGCCCAUUGCAUAUGCUGUGGUGGAGGCUGAGACAAGAGAUUCUUGGGAUUGGUUCAUCAAACUUCUAUUGGAAGACUUGGAAGCUAUAAACCAAAGAGCCUAUGCUUUUAUCUCAGACCAACAAAAGGGAUUAAUACCAGCAAUUCAAAGUGUGAGUGCUCAUGUUGAGCAACGCAUAUGUGUGAAGCAUCUAUAUGGGAAUUGGAAGAAGAAGAAUCCUGGUCUUGAAUUCAAAGAGGUUAUGUGGAGUGCAGCAAGAGCUACAACUGUUCCAUCAUGGGAAAGGGCAAUGUUAAAGAUGAAAGGCAUGAAAGAAACUGCUUGGAAGGAGAUGGUGGAUGUCCCUGCAACUUAUUGGAGUCGGUCUCACUUCAAUACCUAUUCCAAAUGUGACCUCCAGAGGAUAGCUAAGAUGAAAGAGUUAAUGAAUACCUAUAGUGGUGAUAUAUGUCCUAGAAUACAAAUGGUGCUAGAAAAAAACAAGAGAAAUGCAGCACAUUGGACUCCCACAUGGCAUGGUGAUGAUGACAUGGCCAUAUAUGGUGUCACUAAUGGAGUUGACACAUAUGUUGUUAACCUCAAGCAAGAGACUUGUGCAUGUAGGAAGUGGGAUUUAACUGGCAUCCCUUGUAGCCAUUCUAUCACAUGUAUCUGGCAAAACAAGAAAAAACCUGAAGACUAUGUAUCUGAAUACUACAGGAAGGAUACUUUCAAGAACAUCUACUCACACAUUAUUUACCCCACUAAUGGUCCACAAUUGUGGCCUUUGGAUAACCAGUCCACCAUGAAUCCACCAAUUAUGAGAAGGGCCAUAGGUCGUCCCAAGAAAAUGAGGAACAAAGCUAAUGAUGAGCCAAGACUAAAGCAUGUACUGCCUAGGAAACUUGCAACAGUAACUUGUCAUAAAUGUGGAGGAAUGGGACAUAACAAGAGAAGCUGCAAAGGCAAGACAGCUGCUGAUAGGGCCAUCCCAAAAGGGGGAAACAAGAAGAUUGCUGGUGGACAGAAGAAGAAAAAAAAGGCAAAUGAAGAGGAGAUUGGAAACUCAUCCCAAGCACCAAUGGCUACACAACCAUCUCAGCCUGAGCAUAUUCUGUUCAAAACUAUUAUGGUACAAUUAUGGGUAACUAUGGUUAUUGACACAAUUUGUAUAAAUGCUGUUAUUGACAGAUUAACUAUGGUUAUGGUUAAAUUAUGGUUCAGUUAUGGUUCAAAUUCUGUUCAAAGUUACAGGUUCAAAUUAUGGUUCAAUUAUGGUUAUUGA